AUGUUAAGGUGUGAUAACUGUGGUGAGCUCAUCACCUCUUUUGACACCGAUUCAGAGGUAACGUGCGGUGUUUGCGGUGUGGUUCAGAGCAUAACUCAGACCAUUGUUGAAGAAUAUUCCCAUGCAUACAGUCAGACGCAAAGAGCUGGUAGGUUGGUUGGUCCAACACAGGAAGUACCCAAAGAGAAACAGGAUACACAAACAGCUCAAGAGGAUUUUGAUCUACUAGUUGGUAUUCAAAUGGUAAUGGAUUACCUGUGUAAGGCGCUAAUAAAGAACUUUGCAUUUUCUAAUCAAGUUGAAAUUGAGGCAAAGGAGCUUUGGACAAGAUACUUGAAUUACAUUGUAGAUAACAAUAUUCCAAUAUCUACAAUGUUCAAUCACCCAUUACCCAAGGAUCAUACAUAUUUUGUUCCACCGAGCUACAUACAAAACACAAAUCAGAUCCCGGAAGAUUAUACAGAUAGCCCUGAGGUGCAUCCGCGUUUACGUUGUGUCAUAAAUGAUAUGGGAUCAACAAGUUUCGAAUAUUCGUCUCUCAUGUCUGCUUUAUUCGGGGAAACUCAUGUUUCGAAACCAAAAAAACAAGUGAUCAUGCAUACAAAAAGCGUAAACGUAAAGUCCAUUCUCACAAAAAAAAAGGAAAAGGUAAAGAGCACUAAGCAUAAAUACUAUGACUUUAGUCAUGUAGAGGAACACAUGACAGAAAAAAAUAGGGAAAUAAUUCUGGAACGUGCAAAAAACUCAAGAAUACCCAGAUCAAGAAAAUGCAGUCCCUUGGGGUUCUCACUUUUAAACAUUGAAAAGUUUUUAAAACAAAGAGGGCUUCCAAUGAAACCAAAACAUUUAAGAACUUUGGAACUAACAAAUCCACUAAGGCUUUGCCAUAUGAUGGAGUCUCUUUAUAGACAUGAUUUUUUAUGGAAACUUCUUUACGAUUACCCGGAUGUUCGUCCACUUGAAGAACUUGAAGGAUAUACGCAUGUUAGUCAUUCUUCUAUAGAGGAUAAUCCACUGGACAUCAACACACUUUUAAGUAUUGCAGACUCUUUGGGGAUACAUACUGGCUCAAUACGAGUUAUAAACACCAGCGUUAGAAUGGAUAUUAUAAAUCUUAUAUUUAUCCACAUUAUAGAAAAACAUUUGGGAUACACCGAGAGUAGGUUUAGCUCCACAAACGUGGCAUUACUUCUUCCAAUGAUAGAUUUGCAACUAGUAUGUACAAUAAUUUUUCUUGCGUUAAUAAAGUGUCGUUAUGGAAUAGUUGCAAACGAUAUUACGCGUUGGAUAAUCCAAGGGAGAAUCCCGCUAAAAGGGUGUGUACAACUCCUUCCAGCUUGGAUUCUAAGAGCGUCGCACCGUCGUGGUCAAUUCAUUCCAAAUUCAGAUUAUGUAAGAAGUAAAGAGGAAGAGGCUACACAGAAUCUUUUUACGCAAACCAAUGCUCCACGUAGUACACAACAUCUAGAAAUUAUUACUGCAAGGUUUAUAACUGCUGGAGUUAUUGAUGGAUCAGAAAUUGAAUUCAAUGUACAUGGAUUAUGUAGAAGAAUUGUUCAUCAUGCAAGAUUACCCGUACAAGUCCUGGCUGUUGUGGAUCUCAUUCUUGCAGCAAGUAUAGAACGACAUUCAUACUCUGAAAAUCAGACGGAAACCACAAUUUAUGGUACGUGUUUUAGGGAAUAUCCUACUCAUGUGUUUGGAGCGGCCGUAGUUUUAGCGGCUUGCAGAAUGCUAUGGCCAAUUUUCCACUAUCAACCACCUGCUUUCCCAAACUUUGCAGAAAAGGGUGAAGAAAUUGCUCCAAAAAACAAGGUAAAGCUACAGGAAAGGUUCUCAGAACCGAUUGAAUUUAACGUGCAUAAGAUGAGCUGGAUUGUAAAAGUCGCAGAUGCUGCAAGUCUGGAUUUACUGGACAAGUUGGAGGAUGUACAUGUUGGUAAAAAAAUGCAGGUAGAAGAUAGUGUACUCAGUAUAUUUGAUCAGCUCUUGGAAAUGACUGGGAUGGAACCAAAGAACAAUACAAGGGUUUAUGACACAAGGGAAAGGAUCAAAAGGUUCAAAUGGCUAUGCGGUUUAAUGGGUGGAAAUAAAAACAUGACAAAUAAACUUUGUGCUCCAGAUUCUAUAGAGAUGGUUGAUGGAUUUAAAUUACUCUACUUUAGUGCAUCUAGACAUGGGUUUGAAACAUCUGGAGUGAAUGCCAUAAUGUGGCUCCUUUAUACAAAUCCUGUAGCUGCAACUACAGCACUGAGUAAUUACUACAUUAAAAAUGAUCUAAAUAGGCUUAGGAGGUUUGUGAUUAGAGAAUUCCGCAAGAGGAGUUCUUACCGCUUUAUAAACGGGGUGCUAUACAGAUACGUAAAGAAGAAACCGAAUAGGUCCUUUCUAAUAGCAUUGACCAAGUGGAUAAAGCGAGAACAAUUUCCUAUAGAUUAUUGGCUAAACUUUUUGGGAACGUGGAGCGGAUCUGUCCUAAAAUGCAUACACGGCGAAUAUGGCAACACUGCAAUUUCACCUCCCGAGGAUGAAAAUCUCGUUUCAAGUAUAAAAGUGCAAGAGAUGAAGGAACAUCGCAUUAAAUCUAUAGAUUCCCUCAUAAGUGCACUAAAGGGAUCAGAUAAUGACAUGAUUUAUCGCAUAAAGGAAACACUUCCUAGCAACAAGGAAAUUUUUUACAAAAUUAGACAGCUGUUCAAUACAUAUCCAUUCUACUCUGGGUGGUCUUUGGAAAAAUCCCUGGAAUACGACAAUUACAGAAAUCUCAUAAAGAAUCAGCGAAUGCAGGUCCUGAGGUCAAUGAGAGAAAUUUUAGAUACAGAUCUUUGUCAGACCCAAAAUGACUAUUGGACCGACUUCACGCUAGAUUUUACAAAAAAGUUGUAUAUCCAUAAAAAUGCGCAUGUUUCAGAAACUCCGACACAAGGAGAAGCUCUGCAGAUUGAUGGAGAUAUGGAAGAGGUUGAUAGUGGAACAGAACGCAACGACCCGUACAAGGGAAUUCUAGAGGAAAUGGAAGGUUCAUUUCAAGAAAUGGAAACUAUAACCACAUAUGGACGUACACUUCCAAGAAACCCAUGGCAAUAUACAGGGAAACGCCACGGCGGAACGCCAAUCGCAUACCUAAUGACACUAAAGGUCGUUUCAAACUUUAUAGGAUCUCCACAUACAAUCGUCCAUCACUGUCUUUGCGACUUGGAAGAGUUUUUGAUAAACAGAUAG